AGUCCAUCACCACCGAAUUUGGCUGAACACCUAAUAAAUGAGCCCAAAUGAAUGAGCCCAAGAAGGAAGAUCACCAGUUCAGCUACAUUUGUUCAGUUCUUACUGCUUCAGUCGCAGAGAGAAAAAUCGGAGAAAUCAAUAAGCAAAGGCCAAAAGCAAAAAAAAUGGGGAGGAAGAAGGGAGUGGUGUUCGAUGAAGGAGCUCCAGAUGAUUUCGACCCGGAGAACCCGUACAAGGACCCGGUUGCCAUGCUGGAGAUGAGGGAACAUAUUGUCCGGGAGAAAUGGAUCCAAAUCGAGAAGGCCAAGAUCCUCCGUGAGCGGGUCAAAUGGUGCUACCGGGUCGAAGGCGUUAAUCACCUUCAGAAAUGCCGCCACCUCGUUCAUCAGUAUCUUGAAUCCACUCGUGGUGUUGGUUGGGGCAAAGACCAUCGCCCCCCUUCUCUUCACGAGCCUAAGGCGGAGGUUGAAGCUGCAGAGUGACUGUUGGGUCUUGAAUAAUUUGAGGUAUUUUGGGUUGGGGUUUGAUAAAUGUUUCUGUUUGCCGUCUGAUGUUUGUUUGGUAUUUGAUCAAUUUUCUGUCUGCUAGUUCAAUUGUUCGGUGAUUUUUGGUAUGCUGGUUCUUAUGCUGUUUUGGAGAAUCUGCUUUCGCUCACCUAGGAUAGGAUUUCAUCAAAAUUUGGUCUUUUUUAUAUCAUUAAUGGAAAUUGGCUUUGAGAGAAGGCAUUUUACUAGACUAGAAGAAUCUGCUCUGAAUUAGAUAUCUGAAAUUCGUCCUUUCGUAUAAUUACCUCAGUCCUAAUGAUACUCUCCAGUCUUGUAAGGUUACAACUUGUUAAGAAUUUUUGGUGUAAUGCAUCUGAGCUGUAUGCUACCAGAAAUUUCACCUGCAUAGUGAGAAUUAAUAAGGAAAUCAGUUCAAGCAGCCCACUUUUUAUUUGGACUAAGAAUAAAGCAGAAAGUGGUCUUAAGUGUACAACCUUUUAAGAAUUUUAGUUUUAAUGCAUUUGAGCUGUAUGCUAUGAGAAAUUUCACCUGUAUAAUAAGGAUUAAUGAGGAAAACAGUUGAAAGCAGACCACUUCUUAUUUGGACUAAGCAUAAAGCAGAAAGUGCUUAGACUUUGAAACAGAGGAGGUCUCAUGGCUUCGUCUGGUUCCUUUGAAUGGCACCGAGGGCUUUCAGCUUUCUUGCUUAGACUUUGAAACAGAGGAGGUCUCAUGUCCAUCUAGUACUGGUAUAAGAACUUUCUUGCACGGCAUUAUGCAGAUCAUUGUAUCUUUCCUUUUUCAAUGUUUGUUUUUUUAUUUCAUCAUUUGACAGCUAACUAAUGUGAUCGUUUUGUUUAACUUUUUUGAAGAUCAAACUAUGCCUGUUACAUAAAUUUUGUGAAAGAUGGUGGCUUCGUGUACUUUAAACGACAGUAACUAUUAUUAAUUGAAUUCAAAUUCUCAUGGUAUGUGGACUAGGUUGAUGUUCAAGUGUUUUGACUAGUUGUUUCUCAAUUACAUGGCUUCAUUGUAUUCAUUCCAAAAACAAAUUAAUGGUUAAGUUAUGUGGCGCUAACUGUACUGAUACGUGGGAUGGGUGGUGUUUUUCAUUUGGAAUACUUCUGUAUCUUUUGAUGUUAUCUUGUGAAAACUAGUAUUUCUUGCCUUCUUUCUAUCUUAUGCCUGAUCCCUGGUUUUGUAUCCCUAAGAUUUUUUUUCAUGGCUUAAUAUUAGCACAAAAAAUUUUCUGUACCUUUUUUUUUUUCGUGCAUAUUUUCUGUACCUUACUUAUAAGUUCAUCUUCAAUGGCUUAUAUUUUUCGUUUUCCAUGCCUCUCUUGGGUUCUAUAUCAUAGUUUCCUUGGUUUUUGGUGGGAAUCGGCUCUCUAUGGCUGGUGCAUUUUAUUCUAUAUCGUUGCUUUAGUGACUCUGCAUUCUUUGGAUGGGGCUACUUUAGGUGCACCGAUGAGUAAUGAACUUAUACCGAGCUGCAGUUUGUUGGGAUUGAGUUUUUUACAGCUUAAAAAUUAAUGAUUUGUACUCCGUUGCACUGCUUUAAGACAUCAAGUCUCAAAGGAGCAUUGAAAUCUUGUUUCUCUCUUUUUGGUUGCAGAUUAUAGAUUUUCUUUCAAUGGAUAGAAGAUGUAUAAAGUGAAGAGAAGUCGAGGCUUGUGGAUCAACCUUUAUGAUUGUGUUGGUUUUAUUUGUUUUUGUUGUAUUUGAGGCCUUUGAUAUCUUCACACUUAAUCUGUAUUCAACAACCAAUCUAGAUUGGAUUUGGAUUUUGAACUUUUUGUUCUUGCCUUGCCCUAUGGGCUGCUAACUUGGAAUUUGAAUGAAAUGAAUGAGUGGACAGAUCCUAGUACAAGCAAUAAACAUUACACCUGGUGAUGAUGGCAUUUCGUCGAUUUAUUUGAGAUUUUUGAGUUUGUGUAUAUUGUCUUCAAUUUCAUUAGUUUCAGUGGUUCUUGUUAUUUGCAUCAUCAGUUUACAGUUCGGUCUUCCCAUAUUGAAAGGCUAGAACUAGUGUAGUUCUGUUGAUUGCUGUUUAUUCUUUUCUCAUUUGGGAGUUGAGACUGUAAUAUUCUAGAAAUCAGCUGGGUUACGACAGCCAAUCGGAUGCUUGAAUUUGCUACAUGAAUGAAACCAUGGAGACUACAAUAUCAUAGGCAUCUAUGACCAUGA